UUUCCGUAAAUAAGUUCAGUUUCCCCGUUUUGCAGUGGCACAAACGCAAACCGCGAAGUGCCAGAAACAAAACAAAAAAAAAUAUUGCAAAAUAUUGGAAAAUUGCAAAAUUCAAAACUUCUUUUGUACCCUAAUGUAAAAGAUUGUAUCGCUGUAAAAUGUGGCGUCCUACAUUUACGAUACUGCGAAAAGUAAUAUUACCAUCUCUGAAAGAAAAUGUAAACAUUACUAAAAUUCUGUACUCAACAAAGGACCGGCGCCCAAAUUCGACAGCUAAAAUUACCUUGAUUAGUGCAAGUGUCGGUGUCCUUGUGGGGGCUGGCUAUGGCGGCUAUACACACUACAAAGUAAACGUUAAAAAACCCUACAUGAUCCCGGCACCAGGACAGAAUCAAGAAUACGCAUUUUUGAAAGAACCUCCCGAGUAUCAACCACAUUACAAGAUACUUAAUGAAGCAGACAAUAGUAAUCUCCACUUGGUGCUGUUCCAAUUCAGAACUUGCCCAUUCUGUUGCAAAGUAAGGGCAUACUUGGACUCGCGAGGUAUCAGCUAUGAGAUAGUCGAGGUGGACGCUGUGCUGCGCCAGGCCAUCAAGUGGUCCGGGUAUAAGAAGGUGCCAAUACUGCUAGCGAAGGUUGAUGGUGGAUAUCAGCAAAUGUUAGACAGUACAGCUAUAAUAUCAGUGCUGGAGACAUACAUGCGAGACAAGAGUGUGCCGCUGACUGAAAUCGUCAAGUUCUAUCCAGUCAAUCAGUUCCCUGCUGAUGAUGGGAAGCCAGUUUCCGAGGUUGCAAAUAGAUACUUUGUCAUGCACAACGCACCAGUGCCAGAUCAAAAAGAAGCAAAAGCGGAAGCCGAGGAGCGUGAAUGGCGACUAUGGGCAGACAAAGUCCUCGUUCAUACAUUAUCGCCCAACGUGUACCGUACCAUGUUCGAAGCCUUAGAAACCUUCAAGUGGUUUGAAGAAGCUGGAGGAUGGCGGAAUUCUUUCCCUGCCUGGGAAUGCGCUCUGAUGGUCUACGGCGGUGCUGCGGCUAUGUGGAUAAUUGCUAAAAGGCUUAAAGCUAGACACCAUAUUGAAGAUGCGCGUCAGGCAUUGUACGACGCGGCGAAUAAGUGGAUGAAGGCUGUCCAACAGAAAGGCACACCAUUUUUAGGAGGAGAGCAGCCGAAUCUUGCCGACAUCACUGUAUACGGAGUCCUGAGCAGCAUCGAAGGGUGCACGGCCUUCCAAGAUUUAAGAAACCACACCAAGAUUGGCAAAUGGUUCGACGAAAUGAGUAACAUGAUACAACAGAAACGGGGCCGAGUUCUGGCCGUUAAUGCCAUUAACAACUGAUUUUCAGCGAGAUUUUUUAUGUUCAGUACGGAUAGUUUAUUGCCCUGGACACUGAAGUAAUUUUAAUUAAUUUAUAACAGUACUUAAACAAUAUGCAAUGUGAUAUAAAUCAAAAGGAAUAUCUAAGCUAUAUGGUCAAUUGUAAUGUGUCAUUUCCAAUCUCGUCCACGGAAACUAUAAAGUCGUUGUAGAAAUAUUGUAGGUUAGCUAAUUGUAACGUUGUUCACUUUGUUUGUUGUAAUUUUAUGAUACUCAAGCUUGAAGUACCACGAGUCAUAAUGUUUUAGAGUAUUCUCAUAGAGUAUUAAAAUAUUGUGAUUACUGUUUAUGAAUAAUGAAAUUAGACGCUAUUAUG